UACAACAAACAUUCAUUCCUUCAAACUGCAAAAGUAUGAUCGCACAAACGUAACUAUAACGCGAAACAAUUGAAUUGAAUUUGUUUCACAUCGAUCCGCAUCGCCAACCACAUCCACAUCCACAUCCAAACCAAUUUGAUCCCAUGGACACGAGUCGUUCCAGGUGUUUAAUUUGCUCGUGAGAAUCUGAAAAGAUCAGCAUUAUGGACGAGAACUUGAUCAAGCGGUUGGAAUCCGCGGUGACGCGGUUGGAGUCUCUGGCUGGCGGAGCUGCGGCGGAGUCAGGUGGAGAUGCCGCCAAGGAUGCCUCAAUUUCGGCAUUUGACGAUCUCAUUUCACAAUACGUCGGGAGUGUUAUGAGCGCCGCUGAAAAGAUCGACGGACAGGUUUUGGAUGUUUCCAGGAUCAUUCAGCAGGCAUUUCAUGUCCAGAAAGACCUGCUUAUUAAAAUCAAGGAAACUCAGAAACCUGACACGGCCGGUUUGGUUGAAUUCCUGAAGCCAUUAAAUGAUGUAAUUGCGAAAGCUUCUACGCUGACGGAGGGAAAGAGGUCUGAUUUUUUCAACCACCUGAGGACAGGUGCCGAGAGUGUCAACGCACUCGUAUGGAUUGCAUACACAGGAAAAAAUUGUGGCAUGAGCAUGCCUGUUGCACAUGUUGAAGAAAGUUGGAAUAUGGCAGAGUUCUAUAGCAACAAGGUUCUUGUGGAGUACCGAAGCAAGGAUGCAAACCACGUUGAGUGGGUAAAGGCAUUAAAGGAUCUCUAUGUACCUGGCCUGAGGGAUUAUGUGAAAAGUCAUUACCCAUUGGGCCCUGUAUGGAGUGCCACCGGGAAGACGGUGAAAGCACGCCCAGCAGCUGCCCCAGCCCCUCCUCCUCCGGCUAAUUUCAGUUCCCAGACAGCCAAGCCUUCAUCAUCACAAGGGAUGUCAGCUGUUUUCCAGGACAUUAGUUCUGGGAAUGUUACUUCUGGCUUGAGGAAAGUCACUGAUGACAUGAAGACCAAGAACCGGAAAGACAGAACUGGUGCUGUUCCAGUCUCUGAGAAACAAACCUCUGCUAGUUCCAGUUCAAGUUCGAAGCCCAAGACAGGGCCUCCGAAGCUAGAACUUCAAAUGGGUAGAAAGUGGGUGGUGGAAAAUCAGAUUGAACAAAAAAAUUUAGUUAUUGAUGAUUGUGAUCCAAAGCAAACCGUAUACAUAUUUGGGUGCAAGAAUUCUGUUCUCCAAAUCCAAGGAAAAGUAAACAACGUUACAGUAGACAAAUGCACUAAAGUCGGGGUGGUAUUCAAGGAUGUUGUGGCUGCUUGUGAGAUUGUGAACUGUAAUGGCGUGGAGGUGCAGUGCCAGGGGUUGGCUCCCUCGAUUUCAGUGGACAACACCUCAGGUUGCCAGAUGUACUUGAGCAAAGAUUCAUUGGAGACUUCUAUAACAACAGCCAAGUCCACUGAGAUUAAUGUACUGGUACCUGCAUCAGAAUCAGAUGGCGAAUGGGGAGAACAUUCUCUACCGCAGCAAUAUGUGCACACAUAUAAGGAUGGGCAGUUUGUGACUGCUCCAGUGUCGCAUUCUGGAGCCUAAACAGCUGCUGCUGCUGCAGCUUUGAUGUGUAAUUUCCCCCCUUAAGCUUAUUUCAUUCAUUUCGCGCUAUUUUAUUAUUUAAAUUCAUUGGGAGACAUACUUCGAUUUAUGGCCAGCAGGAUGACAUUUUGUUCGUUAAGAAAUAAAAUUAGUUGUU